AUGGCUGAGACAUCGAAACCAAGACUCUUGGUCGUUGGAGCUGGACCGGUAGGCGCUCUCGCUGCAUUAUACGGAGCCAAACGAGGAUGGGAGGUGGAAGUAUAUGAGCUUCGAGGAGACCUGCGAGAUGCCUCGACAACGCCGCUGAACUUCACGAAAUCAAUCAAUCUGGCACUGUCAGAACGUGGUAUCAAUGCUCUCCGCCAGACUGGCGACCAUAGACUUCUCAACAUUAUCUUGUCCGAGACAGUUCCAAUGUAUGGCCGUAUGAUCCACGGACAGGACAAACAUGCGAAGCUGACCGAGGAGUCGCAACAAUACGACGUUCAUGGUCGCUACUUACGUGCCGUCGAUCGAGCGAAUCUCAACAAGACUCUUCUGGACGCUGUGGACGGCUUGCCGAAUGUGAAGCUGCACUUCAAUCACAAGCUGACUGGCACUGAUUUCCGAAAACGAAAAGCAUGGUUUGAGCAGAAAGCAAGCAGAAAGCCACAGACAGCCGAUGGUGCUCAAACCCACCAAGUCCAGUCCGACGAUCGAGCAAAGGAGAUCGAAGCUGUAUUCGAUCUCAUUCUCGGCUGUGAUGGUGCUCACAGUAGUGUACGCUUCCACAUGAUGAAGUUCACUCGAAUGGACUAUCAGCAGAGCUAUAUCGAUACGUUGUGGUGCGAGUUCACGAUACCGCCUGCAAGCGACACCUCGUCGUCGACAUCAUCGGGCGAGGACGGGUUUGCCACCAGCCCAAACCACCUGCACAUCUGGCCAAAUGCAGACAAGAUGUUCAUCGCCAUCCCGAGCAUCGACAAAACGUUCACAUGCACAUUGUUCGCACCAUCCGUUGACUUCACGAACCUCGAGAAAUCAUCCAGUGAUGUUCUAAAAUACUUCAAUAUCAACUUCCCCGGUGCCGCGGACCUCAUAGGCGGAAAGGAACUUCACAAGCAGUUCAACGAAAACCCGCACCUUCCUCUGAUAAGUGUGAAGUGCUCACCGCAUCACUUUGGCGGGUCUGGCGUCAUCCUCGGCGAUGCGGCGCAUGCCAUGGUGCCUUUUUACGGCCAGGGCAUGAACGCCGGUCUUGAGGAUGUCCGAGUCCUGUUCGAGCACCUCGACACUCAGCACAGUACAGCUGAUGGUAGAGCUCUAGCCCUCAACAGCUAUACGAAGGAGAGAGUGCCCGACGCUCAUGCGAUCAAUGAUCUGGCACUAGCGAACUACUGGGAAAUGCAUGCUGGUGUUCGAUCACCACUCUACCUGGUGCGCAAGAAGAUCGAGGAGUUCCUAAACGAUAAGCUGCCCUCGACGGGCUUCGCCACGCAGUAUAGUCGUGUCUCCUUCAGUAACCAACGAUACUCGGAAGUCAUCUCCACUGUAGCACGACAAGGCAAGAUCUUGUUCGGCGGCAUGCUGGCUACCGUUCUGAUUCCAGCCAUGUCGUGGGCAGUGUGGUGGUUGUGGAGAUGGAGACAAGCAGGCCACACCACAGAAACGGCGACGAAGUACUUCGCAGGUCUUGGUAUACUAGGUGAGAGAAUCGGGAGGAUAUCUGGCGGCGAUCCGAUCUUUGGGUCCUCGCGAAGGUAA